CACCUUACAUUCCUUACAAAUACCCCAUCUUGUCACACCGUCUCUGCACAACACUUGUACAUCACAAAAGAGCAUCUUCAAAAACAGGCAGGAAGAAAGGAAGAAUCAAUUUUCCCAUCAGGUUCAGAGAACACAGAAUAAAAGGAUGGGAUCUGUUGGAGUCCAGAUUGUGUGUGUGGGCCUCGGGCUCCUCGGCCUGAUCGGGACCAUCGUAUGCUGCGCCAUCCCGCGCUGGAAAGUGUCCGCCUUCGCAGGAGACACCAUCGUGAUUGCACAGAGCACUCAGGAGGGCCUGUGGACGAACUGUGUGGUGCAGAGUACCGGCCAGCAGCAGUGCAAGAACUACGACUCCCUGCUGGUGUUGCCCUCUGACCUGCAGGCCGCCCGAGCCCUGACCAUCAUCAGCUGCAUGCUGUGCUGCCUCAGCCUCCUCAUCCUGUUCUGCGGGGCCGACUUCACCACCUGCAUACAGAACGAAGACGCCAAGCCCAAGAUGAGCCUGGUGGCCGGGGUGGGCAUGCUGCUGUCCGGCAUCUUGGUGAUCAUCGCCGUCAGCUGGUCUGCUCACAAUACUGUGCAAAACUUCCAUAACCCCCUGGUGGCUUCUUCGCUGAAGAGGGAGCUGGGAGCGAGCAUCUUUUUGGGUUGGGCCGCCGGCGUGCUGCUCAUUCUGGGUGGAGGUCUGCUGUGCUGCUUCAGCAGGCCCGGAUCUGGCUCCGGCGGGACCGCCAAGUACUACAGCAACAGCGCCGGCGGCGCCAACAAAAACUACGUGUAGUGUCUUUAUGAGAGGGGACUGGUGUUUGACAGAAAGGAGGGGAAGGGGGUUUAGUUGGUGAAAGACUGGGGAGCAACAAAGUAGAUGACACCAGGGGUUGUUUUGGGAAAAACAGAAAAAAUCUGUAAAUACUGAAUCCUGAUAAUAACUGUCUCUUUCAUAUUCAUAGUUAUACUGGUGAUGAUUUAAAUCUUAACGCUGUAGUACUGUUAGGUGCUGGGUUAUUCAUAUGCGAUUUGAAAAUAAAUGGAAAGCAGAUGUUGUAAAUGACACACAUUUUGUAAUCUUCAAAUUAAACAGUUUUAACAGAUAAACUCUGAUUUUGUAGCUGCAAAACUGUUACAUUCUCUUUAUGUUCCUUGAAAUGUUUGACUUCUAAAGUGUCUUUAAAAGAACAACACAAGUUUAAAGUAAAAUUCAAGAUUAUGAAAAUGUGACAGGCAUAUUUGUGGGAAGAAAAAUGAUAAUCUAAGCUUUAAACUCAACCUUUAAGUAUAAAGGAGAGACACCACUAGUACCUCAUAUUUUACAUAUAAUUUGGAUCAACCAUUCUGUCUGUAUUGCAUGUUUCAUCACUUAUAUUCCAUCUUUGCUGUUUUUCUAUUAUUAUUCAGACUAGUCUUAAACCAAAAGCACCUCAGGAGGCCUCAGGAAGCAUCUGUGUGCACUUGUUUUCUCUAAACCUUUACAUGACAUUGAAAAUAUUUUAUACAUUUCUUAUCGCUCAUUUUGUUUCUGUAUAUCAUUUUGUAUGAUGAUGAGUAUAAAUGAUUAAAAUUUGGUGUAAGUCAAA